AUGGUGGCUCCAUCUGCGCAUGCGCGCGUGUCAGACGGGACGUAAACAAGCUACAGGAAGUGCAGCUGUUACAUUGAUCAUAGAGGGUGAUAUGGAGAGGUGACGUGUCAUCAGAGCCAACAUCCAAUCCCAGGACAUCGAGCUGCGAGGAGCCAAUAGCAGCGCAGCGCAGAGAUGACAGAGUGCUUCCUCCCACCCAGUAGCAGCCCUGUGGAGCAGAGGAGGGCGGAGCAUCCAGGGGGCGUGGCUCGUACCCCGAGCUCUGAAGAGAUCAGCCCCACUAAGUUCCCAGGUCUGUACCGCACGGGCGACCCCUCACCCCCUCACGACGGACACCACCAUGAGCCGCCCGAUGUGGCAUCGGAUGAUGAAAAGGAGCACAACAAGAAGAAGAACAAGUUUAAGAAGAAGGAGAAACGCACCGAGGGAUACGCUGCGUUCCAGGAGGACAGUUCUGCAGAUGAGGCCGAGAGCCCGUCUAAGAUGAAGCGCUCCAAGGGUAUCCACGUCUUCAAGAAGCCCAGUUUCUCCAAGAAGAAAGAAAAAGAAUUCAAAGUGAAGGAGAAGGGGCCUAAAGAAGAGAAGGCUAAAGACAAGAAGUCCAAAGACCUGACGGCAGCGGACGUGGUGAAACAGUGGAAAGAGAAGAAGAAGAAGAAAAAGCCCAGUGCCGAGCCCGAACCCGUUGUCGCAGAGACAGUUGUGACAUUCCGGCCGAUCUUCGGAGCGCCUUUAGCGGAAGCGGUGAGGAGAACGGCGCUGUAUGAUGGGAUACAGCUCCCGGCCGUCUUCAGAGAGUGUGUGGACUACAUCGAGAGCUACGGCAUGAAAUGUGAAGGCAUCUAUCGUGUCUCUGGUAUGAAGUCAAAGGUUGACGAGCUGAAAGCAGCGUACGACCGUGAGGAGUGUCCGUGUCUGGAGGAGUAUGAUCCUCACACAGUGGCCAGUCUGUUGAAGCAGUUCCUGCGAGAGCUGCCUGAUAACCUGGUGGGUAAAGAGCUGGUGCAGCGUUUCGAGGAGGCCUGCGGGCGGCCCAGCGAGGCAGAGAAACUGCAGGAGUUUCAGAGGCUCCUGGGGGAGGUUCCCGCGGGGAGCAGACUCCUCCUGGCCUGGCUCAUCACUCACAUGGACCACGUCAUCGCCCGCGAGACUGACACCAAGAUGAACAUCCAGAACAUCUCUAUUGUGCUCAAUCCCACCGUACAGAUCGGGAAUCGUGUGCUGUACGUGUUUUUCACUCACGUCCGUGAGCUGUUCGGUGAUGUGGUUCUGAAGCCGGUCGUCCAUCCCCUGCGUUGGUCCAAUAUGGCCACCAUGCCAACCCUACCUGAGACCCAGGAGAGCAUUAAAGAAGAGAUCCGCAGACAGGAGUUCCUCUUGAACCGUCUGCACCGAGAUCUGCAGGCCGGUGUGAAGGAUCUGUCCAAGGAGGAGAGACUCUGGGAGGUGCAGCGGAUCGUCACCGCACUCAAACGCAAGCUCCGCGAGGCCAAGAGACAGGAGUGUGAGACUAAAAUCGCGCAGGAGAUCGCCAGCCUGUCUAAAGAGGACGUUUCAAAGGAGGAGAUGUCUGAAAACGAGGAGGAAGUCAUUAAUCUUCUCCUGGCACAGGAGAAUGAGAUCCUAACAGAGCAGGAGGAGCUGAUAUCACUGGAGCAGGUGCUGCGUCGCCAAAUUGCCACAGAGAAAGAAGAAAUUGAGCGACUGCGUGCGGAGAUCGCAGAUAUACAGAGCCGUCAGCAGGGCCGCAGUGAAACAGAGGAGUAUUCAUCAGACAGCGAGAGCGAGAGUGAAGAUGAAGAGGAACUGCAGAUAAUUCUAGAAGACCUGCAGAAACAGAACGAAGAGCUAGAGAAUAAAAACACUCAUCUGAAUCAGGCCAUUCACGAGGAACAGGAGGCCAUAUUGGAACUGCGUGUUCAGCUCCGCCUCCUUCAGACUCACAAGCUACAGCAGGAGCUCACAUCCCCGCCCACUUCAGAACAGGCCCCGCCCUCCCAGCCCAGCCCAGAGGAGCGAUCUAGAGCGGACGAGCCAAUCAAACGUGCCGCAGCAGUCGCCAUAGAACCCACUGCUGCUGCCUCCCCAGCCAAUGGGAAGCCUGGAAAAGAUGCCAUGAAGCCAUCGCCCAGCAAAGACAAGAGGGAGGCCAACCAGUAAACCAUCUGACCAUCACUACACCUGUGCUUGUGUUAGCUCAUCACAUAACUGUGACAUCUUGGGUCAAGGGUCAGCAAGGUGAAGUGAGACGGUCGUUACACUGGGAGAAAACUGGACAGCAGAGGACGAAGGCGAGAUGUGAUAUGUAGGUCAAUAGGUCUAAAGAGAGGCGAGUAGGGGAAACAUUUCUGAUUGGUCAUCGUCACAAUGGAGUGAAAUUGGAUUCUUUUGAUAUGUUUAAGCUUGUAUUUGAAAUUGCAGCAGCACAAUCAGAUCUUUGUGAGUGCUCAGAUUUGAUCUGCCCUUUGACCCCUGUCUAAAAAGAUAGGCUACUUCUCUUUUUUCUAAAUAGUUAACAGUAUUAGGGGUUUGUGUUUAAAAAUCCCAAGUUCGUUAAAAAGUCCAGGUUGAUUUUUACUCCAAAAUCAAGAGAAAAAAAUUGGUAUUAUAUUAUAUUAUAUUAUAUUAUAUUAUAUUAUAUUAUAUU